UUUGUUGCCUUGUGCAAUCCGAGCGCUUGUCGAUUCGACCCCGGCCAAAAACCAUCCUCCUCUCUACGGUACCCCGCCGAAGCAACCCCAGCAACCAUGGGCCUCCGCGACAAGUUGAGGAAGAAGCCGGACUCAGACGCCGAGGCCGGCGCCGGUACCUCCAACCCCGAAUUUACCUUCAUUCGCACAGAUACCCACAGCGUCGAAGUCAUUCACCCUCCGAGUGCAGACGGCCACCGAGAGCCCGGCCAGUUCCUGUCCGCCGACCUCGCGUCCGACACCAAGCAGCGCCGCAGCCUCGAUGUCUUCCGGAGCGGCCGCAGCCGGAGCGCCUCGGCGUCGAGUAACAAGAGCGCGGGACACAAGCGCCUGUCGCAGCGCCUGCACCUGAGCCGCAGCCCCUCCAGCUCCGAGAACGUGCCCCAAGACCUGCCCGAGAUCGGGCCAGACGAGGACAAGGACGGCGCAGAGUCGCAGUGGGAGAAGCGCGCCACUCUUCUGGCCCGCGAGAACGAGAAGAACCGUAGCCGCCCCGGCACCCCCGUGCACGGCUUUGCUCCUCCUAUCAUUCCCCAGCUGCGGUUGGGCGACUCGCCGCGGGACGGCUCCCCGGCUCUGCAGGACAAGGCUGUGUCCUCGAAAGAGAUUGACGAAAAUAUCCAGGAGGCGAUCAGGCUGCAUGAGGAGGGAAGGCUGGAGGAGUCGACAGCCCUCUUCGGAAAGCUAGCAGACCCCAAAGGAGCCAAUAACCCCUUGAGCCAGGUCUUGUACGGUCUCGCGCUGAGGCACGGAUGGGGUUGUCAGCCAGACACAGCCAAGGCCGUGACCUACCUCUCGGCAGCAGCCUCCAAUGCCGCCGACAUCGAGCAUCUCGCGCUGCAGGCAGGGCUCAAGAAGGGCGGCGCCGCUAAGGGCGAGCUCGUCCUGGCCAUCUUCGAAUUGGCCAAUUGCUUUCGCCACGGAUGGGGAAUCCCCAAAGACCCAAUUGCCGCCAAGCAGAUCCGCCAGUACUACGAGACGGCAGCGAACCUCGGAGACACUGACGCCAUGAACGAAGUGGCGUGGUGCUAUCUCGAAGGAUUCGGAACGAAGAAAGACAAGGUCGGUUCUCUCCAAACAUUCAUCGUCUGAUGCCGUCAAACGCAACACCAGGGACAGGUUUCACCAGCCAGUUGUUCGGCCAACGGCACGAAUUUCACCGGGGGAUACUUCCCUGAGCAUCACUGAUACCGUCCGCCUGGAUACUACUGCUAUAUCCGGAACGGUUGGGCAUCAACGGGCUUCGGACCAUAUCAACGAACCACGGGCCCGAACCACCCACUACCCCCAUUUUUUCCCGACCUGUCACAUCAGGCUGGCUACUGACCCGCAAAAGUUCG